AUGACGGUGCUCAAGCUGUCCCUCAUGGCCUUCAGCUUCGUCUUCUGGGCGGCGGGGCUGACCAUGCUCAUCAUCGGCCUCUGGGCCAAGCUGUCUCUGGGGAGCUACCUGGCACUGUCAGCCGACGACUACCCCAGCGCCCCCGCCAUCCUCUUGGCCGCUGGUGCUGCCGCCAUGGUCUGGGGCUUCCUGGGCUGCUUCGGCGCUGCCACGGAGCACCGCGGCCUCCUGCGUGCCUACAGUGCCUUCCUGACCGCCGUGCUGGCGGCCGGGCUGACAGCGGGUUUCUCGGCACUUCUCUACCGCCAGAACGUUGCGCGGGGUUUCCAGGAAGGGCUGCGCCAGGCCCUGCUCGCCUACGGGCAGGACGAGGGGGUGGCGGACGCCCUGGACGCGUUGCAGCGUGCCUUGUCCUGCUGCGGUGUGGAGAGCUACCGCGACUGGCUCACCUCGCCCUGGGCGCUGGAGCAGAACAGCUCGGUGCCCCUCAGCUGCUGCCGGGCCCGCCUGGGUUGCCGGCGCGGCCUGCCCGACGGGCUGCACCGCGAUGGUUGCUUCAGCAAGGUGUCGGCCUUCGUCAGCGGCAACAUGUUUUAUAUUGCCACGGCUGCCCUGGGGCUGGCGCUGCUGCAGCUCAUCGGCAUUGUGCUGGCCUGCCUGCUGGCUGCCCGCAUCCCUGCCCACCUGCUGGGCAUCACCACCCCUCGCUGA